UCAAUUUCCAACCAAACAUUGCACAACAAACGAUAUUCACGCAUUUUGUUAUGAAAAUGCGGGUUUAUUUCUCUCUUUAUAAUGCCAUAUCUCCUAAACCAGUUGUCGAAUGAAUAUGAAAUUCCAUAUUUGCGGACUUCAUUUAUUCCACAUUACGGAUAUAAAAACUAAUUCUAAAUCUCCGAUGAGGCCGGAAAUGACCCUAAACGCCCCUAGUCCUUUAGCACUUUUAAUAUAAAAUUACGUAUGAUAGUACGAUAAUAAUAGCGGUAUAAGUAGUACAUGUAUAAUUCCACAUGGAAGCAAGCAUCAAGAACAUUUCAUUGUCCAUAUUGGUGAAAGGGUGAUUAUUUUCAAAGAAGGAUUUUUCAAUAUAGUAAAUGUUCCGUUAUGUAUGAACUUUGCGCUUCGGUACUUGACAUAUUUAUUGUACAGAUAAGUAUCGCACUAUUUACACUGUGUUGUAAUAUGAUACAGAUCGACUGGAAAUUAUCCAUAAUGAGGUUGAAAAGCAAUAUAAAAUAUUCAUUAAAGUGCUUCAGACCAAAUGGUCGUCGCUAUCUAUUGAUUCGACUAGACAUAUAUAUAUAUGUCAUUGUCAGUCAAGCUUGAACGAACCAACGAUAUUAAAUGGAAGUAUUAUUGUAGAGGAUGACGUGACAAUUCUUACAGAACCGAGACACGACACAUCGAUGGAACAGGCCGGUCGUAUUCGCUCCAGGUGUAUAUAUUGGCGUAGCUGUAAUUUAGGCCAUUUAAUUUAUAUUUCUAAUUUUGUUUAUAAAUGACGAGUUUAAACUGAAACCUUAGACAGAUUAGGAGCGCACAUGGAUUUUAUACAUCCAGAGAGCCAGAGUGAAUGUACAAGAGUAUGCGAGUUGUGCACGGAAUGAAUAAGGUCUAGUGAAGUCGUAAUCUUCAAUAUGACGAUGCAACAGCGAUUUGCGCAACCCGGUACAUGUUACUGAGAAGUCAAUAUGUGUCAAGAAGCUACUAGCUUAUAGAAGACCAGUGAUCAUAUAUAUCCGUUAAAUACUGGGGCAGGUUACCGGGAGGCGCGUGGUUGCAGGAGUUCGGAAUACCCAAGUGACAGUGUAGUUUGAUUGCACGAGGCGAGAAACCGGACAUAUUGAUCAUUAGAAUCUAAUAAGCAGACGCAAAAGGAAACAAGAUGAAUUGUGGGUCAAGUCGUCUACUAAGGACGCACGGGGCCACCGUAUACCAACAACGGCACAAAGAUGUACCGACAGUAUCUCGCCCAGCUGCCCUGUAACAUGGGGUCGGGAGGAAGCAAGAAACCCGUGAAGGGGGCCCCAAACGGAGGGUACAGUGCCCCUCCUGGUGGUGGUAAUGUCGCCGGGACCACACCUGAUGGUAAACGUGAGAUGACAGAAGAAGAAAAGGCAAAGAGACAGAAACUUUUGGACGAUUACAAAGCUUUAGAGGAAAAGAUUAAGGAAACCAUGAAGCUGUUGACAGUUAGGGAAAAAACGCGAGUAAACAUGAAGAGGAUAACGGACUCUGAACCAAUCAGCCCGAUUCUACAAGGGGACAUUUCUGUUGACGUACCAACCACUGCAAAAAUUGUCAGGAUCUUCACCAGUAGUACAUUUACAGAUACCAUGCAUGAGAGGAAUGUUUGGAUGAGCGAGGCUUACCCGCGUGUGAAGACGUUCUGUCAGGAGCUGGGCUAUGAGUUCCAGGUGGUAGACAUGAGGUGGGGUGUCCGUGACGAGGCUAUGGAUGACCAUAGUACCACGGACCUCUGUCUCAGGGAACUCCAGCUAUGUCAGAAACUAUCAACGGGGCCCAACUUUGUGACUCUCCUGUCACACAAAUAUGGGUAUAGGUCUCUAACAAGGGAGAUCGAUGCGGAAGAAUUUGAAAAGAUAUUUGCCGUCAUUGAAUCAACUGAAGCCAAAGAAUUAUUGCAAAAGUGGUAUCAGAAAGACAGCAAUGGUGUUCCCCCUAUGUACCUGCUGUCCCCCAUCAGCAAACACAUUCCAGACUUUCUCAGCAGCGACAAAGAUGCCAGCAGGGAUGCAAAAUCAAAAUGGUGGCAGGAGAGUGAUGUCAUGCAGGAGGCAUUGGAGUCGUCAGCAGAACAGGCCCUGGGGGCGGAGGCGGCCAAGAAACACAUUAUAUCAGUGACUGAAAAAGAGAUUCAGAUGGGACUGUUGUCAUUGGAUCAAGAGAAGGCCACGAAAAGCUGUCUGUGGUUCAAUAGGGUCAUAAAGAAUAUACAGAAGGAAAAAGCUAGCUACCAACUGUCGAGAUACAUGGAGUGUCUUGGCCCAGAGAAAAAAGUGCAAAAGGCACAGCAGUUACUCGCAGAUCUAAAGGAAAGACAGAUAGCUGAUUGUCUACCUCAAAAAAACAUCAUCUCUUACUCAGUAUCUUGGACGGAUAAAGGUUCAAUAAGUGGUAUUAACCCUGAAGUGACAGAACACAAGAAGUACCUUAGGAAGCUUUCCGAUGAUUUUGUGAAGGCUGUCACAGGCAUGAUCACAGCCAGUAUAAAGGAGCGCGAGGCAUCCUCAAACACUGACCCCCUCUUCACCGAAUGUCUACAGCAUAUCCGCUUCUGUCAGCAAAAGUGUGCUACCUUCCAUGGAAGGGAGACUACUCUUGAUAAAAUCAAGACAUACCUGACAACUGCCAACCAGAAGCCUUUGGUCAUUCAUGGAAUGUCUGGUUGUGGUAAAACUUCCAUCAUGGCUAUGGCUGCCAAACUAGUUCCUAGCUGGAUGAACAACACAGAGCCUGUAGUGGUCAUCCGAUUUUUAGGUACGACCCCUGACAGUUCUAACAUCAAUAGUCUACUGAUGAGUAUUAUACAACAGAUAAACAUCAUCUAUGGCUACCACAUUGACGUACCAGAGGAUCUGACUGACCUGAUGAAGGAGCUUCAGUUUGCACUUCGCCAUGCCAAACCCAGCAGACCUCUAGUCCUCAUGCUCGACUCCUUGGAUCAACUUGAUCCCACUAACAACGCACGCAGUCUGCAAUGGCUGCCCACAGUCUUAAAUAACAGCGUCAAGAUUGUGGUAUCCACCCUGGAGGAUGACGUAUAUGAGUGCUUUCCAAAACUACAGCAAAAACUCAAAAACCCUAGUCAGUUUGUACCUGUCCCUGUCCUGGAGAAGAAAGACGUCAACAAUAUCUUGGACAGCUGGUUGAAAUCUAACAAACGCACACUGACCAGUGAACAGCGUAAUACAGUGACCAAAUCGUUUGACCAAUGCCCGAUUCCGCUGUUCCUAAAACUUUCUUUUGACGAGGCCUGCAAGUGGAAUUCUUUUUCCCCCCCGGACCAGACUAGGCUAGAGUCUACUGUUAGAGACAGCAUCAAUAUGUUGUACUCCCGACUCGAGGUCAGGCAUGGCGAAAUCUUUGUUGCUCAUGCUCUUGGCUACUUAACCACUGCAACAAGUGGUCUCUCUGAGUCAGAGCUAGAAGACAUCCUUUCAUGUGAUGAUAUUGUUCUGAAUGAUGUGUAUGUGUACUGGACCCCUCCAAUGCGACGACUCCCCCCUCUCCUCCUGGUGCGACUGAGAACUGAUCUGCAGGAAUAUAUAGUGGAGAGGGGAGCAGAUGGUGUGCGAGUCAUGUACUGGUACCACAGACAGUUCAUAGAGGCUGCAAGGUCACGUUACUGUGGCGAAAAGAUCAUCCGGCAUCUUCACUCAGGGCUGGCAGAGUUCUUCAGUGGAACAUGGAGCAAAGGGAACAAGAAGUCCUACACAGACAGAUCAGGAAAACCAGGAUUGGAAGAUCGCCAUGUGGCAGCACAGCCAAUGAAAUACGGCAAUACGUACAAUGUUCGCAAGCUCAACAACCUUCCGUUCCAUCGAAUUAUGGCCGGUCACCUAGAGGAAGUAAAGAUUGAAUGCCUGGCCAACUUCCACUUCCUCCUGGCAAAACUAGUGGCCACCUCAGUCAGGAAUGUAGUGUAUGACUUCCAGGAAGCCAAGAAAGAGCUGCCCCAGGACUAUACCAUAGAGAUGUUACAUGAUUGUGUGCAGCUGUCACAGCAGGCCCUCAUCUACGAUCCCUUCCAACUGGCAUCACAGUUCCUCAUACGGCUAGCUGGGGAACAGAAUCCAGAACUGGUCAAAUUUUGUCUGCAAUGCCAGAAAUACCCGUCCCCCUACUUGGUGCCAGACAAGGACAUAUUGGUCAAACCUGGUGGUCAGAUGGUCUACAUGCUCCAAGAACAUACAGCUGCAGUAAUGGGACUGGACAUGACAAAGGAUGGAAAAACCAUUGUUACCUGUGCAGAUGAUGAUGAACAGAGCGUGAAGUUAUGGAAUGUGGAGGAUGGAACUUUGAUCAAAACGUUCAAUAAGUUAGGAGAAAUUCCAGAUUACGUCACAUUCAUAGCCAACGAUACACUGAUGCUGGUGGAGUACUCUAAAAACCUGAGGGCCAUCCAGCUCACUGGGGAGGUGGCUUACACUUUCAACUACUCCUCAGGGGCAUACACAGCAGCGGGCAAGGACCGCAGUCUCGUGGCCGUCUUCAAGGGCAAGGUCGGUUCUGUCUUCGACGCCUAUACUGGGAAAAAGACAGAGGUGACUCUGUUACAGAAGUCUAGACCAAUGAGAGAUUUUGCAUCUAAUAAUCAUAAUGCUAUAGCUGGAAGUGAGAAGUAUAUUCUGCUUGUGGAUGACAGCUUGUACAGUGUGCUAGUGGUGAACUUAGAGGAAGGAAAGAUGACUGAUUGGGUGAUGAUAUUUGAACCUCCGCCGCCCGACGAUGAUGAAGCAGACGACAAAAAUGUGGAUGCCGUAGCCAUCACUCCGGAUCAGAAAAGUUUUGUCGUUUCUAACUGCAUGGACAACGACCUGCACUUCUACAACAUAGAGACACUGCAGAAGAUCAGGGUCAUCAAAGGGAAUGAAAAUGACUUUUGUGACACGUAUCGAUUUGCUCCUGACGGAAACAAACUGUAUUUCAAACAAGAUACCGAAAUCGUGGUGUAUGACCUCAACAGCGAAGAGAGGAAAGGAAUUCUCUCCCAUCCCUCCACUGUUAAUGGUGUCAUUUGCCAAUCCUGGAAGAUGCUGGCCACCAUAGCCGAAGACACGGCAGUUAGAAUCUGGGACGUCACGAAACCAGAGAAACCACAGACAGAGAGCUCCUCUCUAGGAUUCAAAGUGAUGCAUUUCUGUCUACUGCCCAAUCCACGCUACAUCAUCCUUAUAGUCCGGAAGGACAAGGAGACUAAUGCUGGAUCCCUGUUGGUGUACGACCUUGCCACCAAGAAGGUCAUCCGCAGGGCAACCAUGCCGGACCUGCCGAGGACCAUGAAAAGCCUUGGUGAUAAGGAACUACUGAUGCUUAACAACAACAGGAAACUAAAGACGAUCAACAUGCUCACGAUGACGGUGACACACGUAUUCCAGGGCAAGGUGUGCAAAUACUGCAAUGCAUUGGAAAUCAUCAAGGAUGGAAAAGAGGUGUUAACCAUGACAAGAGGUCAGAAAGGCUUGAAGACUUAUGAAAGUAAAACGGGAAAAACCAAAGCAAUCCUCUACCCCCCGCCUGAUGUUAGAGAACUGCCACAGCGAUUUGACAAUUCGACACUAACGGUCAGCAAGUGUAACCUAUGUGUGUGUCGCAUAGAAGAUGGUCCUAUCGCUGUCUUUGACCUCCAGAAGAACGUAUGUGUGCAUGUCAUCAAAGACAAGUUACUGACAGCAGAUGAUAAGAUGUUCUGGGCAGGGUUCAUCCCAUCAGAUGGUUCCAUCCUGGCUUUACAGACUGAGCAGGAAGUCCCUAAUCCAAAGAAGAAAAACGACACCGUAUCAGUGACCUGUAUUGCUAUAUAUGAUCUCAAGAAGGAGGAAUUUACUUCACGUUGGUUAUUGGACAAGGAAUAUUUUAUGAAGUAUCAUACCCAGCAGAACAGGAUAGGUUUGGAGGUCAGUGUGGACAACUCCAUGUUACUGGACGAUGACAGGCUGGUUACCUCAAGUGAUGACUUUAUUAUCCGAGUCUGGAAUCUUAAAACCGGUGAGUUGAUAAAGAGAUUGGAAGGACACAGAGUUGCAGCCAAAUUGGUUUCCCAUGACAAGAGCCCUUACUUCCUGUCUCUUGCCGAGUUUGUUGAAGAAAACGCUAUUCGUGUGUGGGAUAAGAAGACCCUGGAGUGUGUGACAAGCUUCAGACUGGAUCAUACUCUUGCUGACACUAUCAUUUGUGGGGACGGACUGAGCUUUGUCAGCACAACAAGAAAUCCGACGGCAGAUGUUGUACACUGGACACUAGUUAACACCAAACCCGCCUCGGACCUGGCGUCCAAACCUGUCGCAUUCAAACCAGAAGAAUCUGAUCUGACACUGGCCUUAGAGGAUGAUGAAGAAGACGAAAAAGAGGAUACUCUUGAUCCAGAUGAUGAUGAAGAUGAGAAAUCUGAUGAUGAUGAUGAUGAUGAUGACAAUGACGACAAUGUUGAUGUCCAUGAUGAGGGGGGAAAGGAAGAAAAAGAUUCAUGAAAAAUGUGUUUGCAUUACAGUGGAGAUCUGUUCAAUGCCAAGACCUUUUGACUUUCUCAAACUUUGAAUUGGUUUUCAAAGAUUAUAUAAUUGAUAAUUAAUUUUGAUUAAGAAUACAAAAAGGCCAUUGUAUUUACAUGUAGGUCUGAAAAUAAAAGAAUGUCAUUAUACAGUAGUCCUUUAUGAGGUUGUAUCAUUUAUAUGAAUAGGGUGUAUGCCAAAAUAUAGUUGCUAUGUUGGAACACGCAAUGGACUACUCAAAACGAACUGCAAUAUCCCUUCAAGGCUUGCAAAUGUUUCGGCAUAUUUGCUGAAAAUUUCAAUGCAGUGACUUGUCAAUAUUAAUCUAACUGUACUAAAAUAAUUGUCUACAGUUGUAAUCAAAAACAUUUGCUCAAGUGGAAAUCUGUGUGCCUUUUUGAUAAAUGUAUAGAAUUUUAGAUUCUAAGUGAUAUAUUAUUUCAUUAUUUAAUAUUUUGUAGUCAUGCAUUUAAACUUCUGUGUAGAUCUAGUAUUUAUAUGAACUUCUGAUUUAUAUUUUUUCUAUUUUAGUAUGAAUU